UCAUAGUCGUCAUAGAAAGUUCAAUGUUGUAACGAGUCAUCGGUGGUAACUGUCAAUGGUGGGGGAAAUUCCUGGAGUGUCCUCGAUGGAUUUGAUAGUGUCACGCAAUUUCGCCAUCGUCGAGUGUGGAUGUAGACCCCUCGUUUUCGCUCAGGUGUGCCGGUAACACGGUAGCCAGGAUUGGAAAACCAGGGGUACAGGGAGCCCUCGUUUUUCUAGCUUUGCCUCGUUCACAACCUCACGAUGAGACGAUCAGUUUCAAGUGUCUAUCGAAGGAUUCAACAAAGUGAGAGUGGUUGAAAUAGGGGUGUCAGCAGCUGGACUUUUGAGAACUGAAAUGAAGCACGAAGAACAACGAGAUGAUGAGACCAAGAUGAAGAGCGAAGAACCACCACAACCGUCGCCACCACUACCAUUAUUAUCAUCAUCAUCGUCCUCGCCGCAACCACCAACGAGAGCGCAGCCAUCAAACUUGGAAGCAAUCACGGUCUGGCCAAGAGAUUUCACUCUGCUCAAGGCUCACUCCAAACAGAUUGCGUCCAAGUGGUGGAAGGCUCGAAAGUGUGGUUCAUGCUCAUGGAGGUGGUGUAAUAAGUCAACCAAAGAAUCUAUUUGGGGUGAACAACAAAAUGACCGUGACAUGAAGUUCCAAAACCAACGAAAGAUGAUCAAGUACGCCUGGCUAUUGGUCGUGUUCUUCUUGCUCCUGAUCGUGUUGAAGGAAUACUUUGUGCUCCAGCCCCUUCCAAGCCAUGGAUCAUCCAAUUUUCAGGAUGGAAAGAGAACCAUUAUUGUCAUCGAGGAGCCUUCCACCAACAAGUUCCAAGGGGAUCAAGUGGAUUACUCUCUCUAUCCGAAAGCCAGAGUGGCUGCUUUGGUCAAAGAGGAGUCUGAGGAAGUCCAACCAUCCCAGAGUGACUCGAUUUCAGUGGACAAUGUGCCCGUUCCCUCGGAUUACCGCUAUGAUCCAGCCGAAGCCUUCGAAAGGAGACGGAACAUAAUGAACUACGUUUGCGAUCAAUACAGCGACCCUCUUCAACCGGAAUUCAUCGUGGUCCAAAAUUUUACUCAUCUGGAGGACCGACGGAGUUUCCUUUUGAAUCAUGGACUGAGCUAUUGCUUGAACGAUUUUAGUGCCUCGGAUCUCUUGGGAAGCUUGUUCCUUCAGAUUGUAGAGGAAAAGGCCGAUUCCGAGACGAAUACUAUGGAUCCAUGCUCGAAACAAGAAUUUGAUGAGGCUGUGGGCAACAACUAUGUGUCCAAUAAGAAAAAUGGCUACUCCGAUUCGACUUGGAGUACUCCAUGUAAUUUACUUUACGCCAUGGACCAACUUCCGUUCAAGGUCGUGGCCGUUCAGCACCCUUUAGAGAAGCUAGUGUUUGUCUUCAAUGACAUUGUCAAGAAACAAGGAGAGACUUUCGAGGAGUUAACCCGUCAGAUUCAGGAUCGAUAUGGACUUGAACUCACCUUCAAGACGUUCAUGGUUUACUUAAUCAAGGGCAGUCUGGACUUUGGCGAUGCUGUCGUGUAUCCCGAGGAGUUCAUGCCAUACUGGAGUGUUUGUAAUACGUGCGCCCAUCCUUAUCGACCCAGUAUCAUUUUGAAGUAUGAACACUUGGGUAAUGAUCUUUUGGAAAUGUUUCGGAUCCUGGGUUUCAGCGAGUAUGUGAAGGACAUGCCCAAUGGUCUCAGCACAACGAACACUGAAGAAGUCUCCGAUGAGGCCAUGAAAUACUACAAACAGUUGCCAAAGAGCCUUAUUUCCGACAUCUAUCAACUCUACCGUGCAGAUCAUGAGAUCUUUGGCUACGAUCCCAGGCCUUAUGUGGAUCUGGGAUAUGAAUAGGUCCUGCCAUUGACAGUCUUUCAAGCCUCAAUUGAAGGACAACAUUUCAAAUCAUCUGACGGUUUGGGAGACGCCAAAUAUAUACGCCUCUAAUCAGAAAUGCACUUCUUUUCACCACCGAGAUUCGCCUUGAGAGGCGUUCGUUAACUAAGCUUUUGAUUUAAGUGAUCAUUUUGAUGUGGAACAAAUGUCAAGCUGAAACAAGGUCUUUCAUUGCGACAUUGGAAAACCCACGAGAAGUAAAAGAAAAUCGCGAAGUUGUUAGUAACUUCAUAUUCAGCGACCUUGAAGCAAUUUCAUAAUGAGCUUUAACCAAUAAUCUGGACAAUUGAAAUAUAUUCUAUAAGUGCGAAAUUGCUUGACCUUUUUAUCGCUUUGACAAUGGUCACCAGAAUGUCUGAAUCAGUCAAUUUCCAACCUGAGGUGUGAGUCUGAUUGUCCUAUAUCAAACUUAUGCAAAUAAACAUAA